AUGGCUUCGCGCAUCCUUUCGCCGGCCAUGCGCGUCAUGUCAACCCCUUCCGCUGCUCUCCGCACCUCUCGAAGCUUUCAAACCUCAUCCCGGAAACUCGCAGAGGCCACACCUCUACCAGUAAGAAAGCCGGUUGGCGCUUUCAGAGGAGGGCUGUUCGGAUUUCUCCUUGGAAGCACUCUCGCAGGAGCUGGUGUCUAUUACUACAUCUUGGAGGAGUACAAAGUUUCGAAUGGGCUAUUGACCGAGGAUAUCUACAGUCUACAAGCUUCGGUACAACGAGUGCACAGCUACGUUCAGACAUUGGAGGAAAAGCUU